UCGGUGCACGCCCUAAUUCAAGCUUGCCCGAGAUGCAUAUUGUUUAAGUCCAGACGGGAGGUCCGAGCGCCAAUGGUACCCAUCCAUGCGAAGGCCCCCCUUCAUAUCAUGGCUAUGGACUUCUUGACACUGGGCCGACCACGAGAUCGCUACCAGAACAUCUUGGUAAUAACGGAUUUGUUCACAAAGUACGCUUGGGCUAUCCCCACCCUCGACCAGACUGCAACCACCACCGCUACAGUUUUAUGGCGGGCCGUCUUCCAGACGUUCGGAUGCCCGGAGUUUCUGCACUCCGAUCAAGGAGCCAACUUUGAGUCCAGGGUAAUUAGAGAACUAUGCCAGUUGUACGGUUGCACGAAAACUCACACCACUUCGUAUCAUCCUCAGGGGAACGGCGGCUGCGAGAGAUUCAAUCAGACCCUAUUGGGGCUGCUGGGGACCUUGGACCAACAACGGCAGGACGAUUGGGUGAGUGCAUUGCCAAACCUCCUACAGGCCUAUAACAACAGUAUACAUAGUACUACGGGUUACGCCCCCACGUACCUGAUGUUUGGCAGACACAUACGAAUGCCUACUGACCUGGUCCUAGGAGUGACAGCCGACCAAGAGGAAGCAAGUGUAACGGAGUGGGUGGGGCGCCAUCACCAGCGCUUGCAUUUCGCCUACGAGCAGGUGUCGAAAAGGAUACAGACGGCAGGAGAGAAAAGUAAGCGGUUGUAUGAUCGGACUGCUAGAGAAGCCCCUCUACUGCCAGGAGAGAGGGUGUUGGUGAGAGAUAAUCGGCGGCAGGGGAAGGGGAAACUGAGUGACCGUUGGGAGGCCACCCCUUAUGUAGUCUGCCGGCAGCAGAGGCCGGGACAGCCGGUCUAUACCAUCCGGCCAGAAGGGAAGUCAGGCCCCGACCGUGUGGUGCACCGGAACAUGAUUCGCCCAUGCCCUAACUACCCUGAAGCCGUGGAAGAAGUCCCCACGGAACCUGUACCAGCGGCCCCCUGGAUUGAAGGUUGGGCUGUGGUACCAGGGAGACCCGUGGUGGCACCACCCCCGAUCGCCCCGAGAGAACCAGAAGCAGCCCCUGAACAAGCUGAGCCCGAUUCACCAGUGAGACGAUCCCAGCGAGAGAACCGAGGCCGACCCCCUGCCCGCUAUGGUGAGUGGACAGCCCGAGGACGUUCUAGGGACUAGAACGGAUUGGCGGGGGAGGAUGUCACAAGGUGACGAUCUUUAGGGGCGGAACCAAAAUUCGGGAAGUUUGGUUCCGCCCGGAAGUGUUUCCGCCCGGACCGGAAAAACAGAACACCGGAACUUCCGGUAGCGCCGUAAGAGGGAAAAUCAGGGAAUUCGAUGCACCUGUGCCUAGUUAGGGACAGCGGUUGGUGAUUGGAGGAUACGCUGGACAAGGCAGUACUUAAGGCCAAGUUAUUUCACAGUCUGAGAGCUCUUUCUGGUGUGUGUGAAGCACUGUGUCGUGCCCGUCUUGGUGCGCUGCUGGUGGCUGUCUAACUCUCUCUCUCCCUCAGGCUGGAAUUGUAUGAUUGUGAAGACAUCGCGAACCUUAAAGGUUGAGAAGUGAACGGAUUAUACGGCGAAUUGAGACGACGUGAAAAAGGGGAUUGGAAGCGGCAUUGAUGUGAGUACUAAGAGCAAGCCGAAAGUGCCCUGUAUAUUGACCUGGCGUUGUGUAGAUCUCCCCAGGAGGAGGAGGGCGGCCCUACCCCUAAUAUAGCGUGGUGGGAGAGCCGAAGGAAUACUUAUUGAAGUAGUCACAACGACGACAUCACUAGCUAGGCCGCAUAUUCCAUCGCCAGAUCCGAACCAAGCGAAGUGAAGGAAGACGGGUGUCCUUUUCGUACACUGAGUGUGGUGGGUGAGUCUUCGUGCUGUGAAAACCUAUAAUUUUGACGUGGUGCUGUAUAUUGCUGUGGGUUGCUGUGUAUUGCCGUGUGUCCUGUCAGAUAAACCCCCGCCUUCACGCACUCCGUCGCGGGAGGACAAGGAGACUGCUGGUUCUAGCCUAGUUCAGUAGAGUAUAUGUUGUGAGCGUGCUUCAGAUCUCCGGAGAUAGCACGGUACGCUGUGUUCAGCCCAGAGGUGGGAGCUAUUCAAAGCAAACUAACUGUGCUUUGUGUCCAAUCUGAUACCUGUGGAGAGAAAAGGAAAGAGAGAGUGAGUAACACAAGGAGAAACAGAGGAAACCUGUACUUACAGUACGCUGUGUUCAGCCCAGAGGUGAGAGUCAUUCAAAGCAAACUAACUGUGCUAUUGUGCCCAAGUUGAUACCUGUGGAGAGAAAAGGAGAGAGAUUGAAUAACACGAGGAGGAAUAGAGCGAACCCUGUACUUACAGUACGUUGUGUCCAGCCCAGAGGUGAAAGCCAUCCAAAGCAGAGUAACUGUGUUUUGUGUCCAAGUUGAUACCUGUAGAGAGGAGGAGAGAGAGUGGAUAACGCGAGGAGAAAUAGAGCGAAACCUGUACUUACAGUACGCUGUGUCCAGCCCAGAGGUGAGAGCCAUUAAAAGCAAACUAACUGUGCUAUUGUGCCCAAGUUGAUACCUGUGGAGAGAAAAGGAGAGAGAGUGGGUAACACGAGGAGAGACCGAGGAAACCUGUACUUACGCCGCUGCCUGUGGAGAAAGAGAAAGCGACCGUUGCCUGUGGAGGAAGAGAAAGAGAGUGAGCACCCCGAGAACGAACUGUGUGAACCAGUACUUACCGUGAGUUGUAUUCAGCGAAGAGGAGGAAGAAGGAGGGCGCUACGGAUACCUAAGACUCUGGCCGGGCCCCGAGUCCCACGCCCCGGAUCCCCGUGGCCCCCUUGCUCCCUGACCUCUUCCCGGCCAUAGCCCAUCUGGAGGGCCGAGUCAGAGUUUAGUUUUAAUUACCCUUUCCCUAUUCCCCAAGCUAUUUUUAAAUAUUUAAAUAAAGAUUGUUUUAUCACUUACUUGUUCUCGUGUUGUU